AUGGCUGAUCAUGACGAAAAGAAGAAAAGGAGGUAUGCCGUGAUAGGAAUUUCCUCCUUUCUUCUGGUUGCAAUGGUGAUCGCAGUAACUAUCGGCACCAACCUCGAGAUCGACGAUGCCGACACCGGUAGUGCCAAGAACGAGAGGCUGACAGCCUCCAUGAAAGCUAUAAAAUCGAUCUGUGCGCCCACCCAGUAUAAAAAAACUUGUGAAGACAACCUCAGAGCCAACGCAGGGAACACGACGGACCCGAAAGAACUCAUCAGAGUCGUGUUCAACGUUACCAUGAAAUACAUCAACGAGGCUGCAAAGAGAUCGACGACGUUGAACCAGCUCAACCAGGACCCUAGAACCCACGUAGCUCUCCGGCAAUGCAAGGAGCUCAUGCAUUACUCCGUUGGGGAGCUCAAGAAAUCUUUUGACCACAUGGGUUCGUUGGAUGUGACCAAAAUCGAUGAGAUUCUUGUUAAUAUGAAAAUCUGGCUUAGCGCCGCCAUAACCAAUCAGCAAACGUGCUUGGAUGGUUUUCAGGACACGACUGGUGAUGCUGGGGAGAAGAUGAAACACGGGUUGAAGACUUCGAUGAUGCUAACCCACGAUGUUCUUGCCAUUGUUCAUGAAAUCUCUAAAGCGUUUAAUCAGAUUAAUGGUGCAGAUAGAAGCUCCCGCCGGCUGCUUUCCGCCGAGGACUUACCGGUUCUCGGCCAUGACGAAAUUGAUGUCCCGGAAUGGGUCAACCCGGCGACAAGAAAACUCCUUUCUGCUCCCCCUUCCACUCUCAAGCCUGAUAUUGUUGUUGCAAAGGAUGGAAGUGGGGAUUUCUUGACGAUCAAUGAAGCCAUUGCUGAAGUCCCUAAGCGCAGCAACAAGACGAUCAUUAUGUAUAUUAAAGAAGGGGUUUACAAAGAAAUCGUGGAGGUCAAAAGGUCCAUGACCAACUUGAUGAUCAUCGGAGAUGGCAGCAAGAAGACAAUCAUCACCGGCGAUUUGAGUUACUCAAAAAAUCUCACCACUUACAGAACUGCAACUUUUGCUGCAUCUGGUGACAACUUCAUUGCGAAGAACAUUGGAUUUGAAAACACAGCCGGAGCCAUCAGGCACCAGGCUGUGGCAUUGAGAGUUAUGGCGGACAUGGCGAUUUUCUAUAACUGCUCCAUUGACGCCUACCAAGACACACUUUACGCGCACACCAAGAGACAAUUCUACCGCGACACCGUCAUCUCCGGCACCAUCGACUUCAUCUUCGGCAACGCCGUUGCUGCUUUCCAGAACUGUACGUUGCUGGUGCGCAAGCCAUUGCCGAACCAGCAGUGUCCAAUUACAGCGCAAGGUAGCAACGACCCACAUGAGCCAACUGGUUUCGUCUUCCAAGGCUGCACCAUUGAUGGCGAACCAGAGUACCUGGCUGUCCAGAAAACGAGUCGGUCGUUCCUGGGUCGGCCAUGGAAGCCGUUUUCGAAAACAGUAAUUAUGAACAGUUAUAUUCCUGACUUCGUCGACGGAACUGGGUGGAUGCCAUGGAAUGCCACCGCCGGUCUCGACACCUGUUUUUAUGCGGAGUAUGAAAACGAAGGUCCCGGAGCUGCAAAGAUUAACCGGGUUAAGUGGCUGGGAAUCAAGGAACUGACGGAAGAACAGAUCAUUCCGUUUACGCCGGGAAAUUUCCUUAGAGCUGACGACUGGAUUAAAGCAUCCGGAGUUCCGUACACCUCCGGCAUGCUGGGCAAUACGAUAAUUCGUCAGAGAGGUUCUGCACCAUCACCGGCCCCAGAUCGAGUUACAAAGUCGCCCUCGCCCUCGCCCUCGCCCUCGCCCUCAUCAAUGUCGGCGCCGGCGCCGGUGCCUUCCCCUCCGCGACAAAAACCAAGUUUUCUUUUCCCAUCAACAUGGUUUCUUCACUGA